AUGGGCACCAAGUCUAAGGAGAUUCCACCUGAUUCUCCUUAUGCAAGGGAUGAUUUCCAUUCUUUAAGUGUGUCCCGAGUGGAAACGCUGUUAUCCACACAUAUUAACCAGGGAUUGAACACUACACAAAUCGCGGAAAGAUUGGGUCUAAUAGGUGAAAAUACUCUUGGGGAUGAUUCAAAAAUUAAUAUUAAGGGCAUUUUCAUUAGUCAAAUAUGUAAUGCCAUGAUUAUGGUGUUGAUAAUUUCAAUGGUCAUCUCGUUCGCCAUCAAAGACUGGAUUUCUGGUGGUGUGAUUGCAUUUGUUGUUUUCAUCAACGUUGUUAUAGGUGCAUAUCAAGAAUAUAACGCCUCGAAGACAAUGAACUCAUUGAAAUCACUAUCCACUCCGUCGGCCCAUGUUAUCAGGGCUGGUAAUGAUCUUACAAUCGAGUCAAAAGAAUUGGUGCCUGGUGAUAUCUGUAUUAUUAGGGUUGGCGAUACAGUACCGGCCGAUUUGAGGCUAUUCGAAGCAAUAAAUUUGGAAACAGAUGAGGCGCUAUUGACUGGUGAAUCCCUUCCAGUUGCUAAGUCUCACGGAGAAGUUUACGAACAAGAUACGCCUGUUGGUGAUCGUUUAAACCUUGCCUUCGCAGCAUCUACAGUUACGAAGGGCAGAGCGACUGGUAUUGUUAUAAAGACAGCUUUGAACACUGAAAUUGGUAAGAUAGCGAAGUCGCUAAAGUCAGAGGCUUCGCUAAUUUCAAGAGAUAAGUCCAAGUCAUUUGGACGAAACUUAUGGAUUACAUUGAGAGAAUCUAUCGGCACGUUCCUGGGAACCAGCGUCGGUACCCCCUUGCACCGUAAGUUGUCUCAAUUGGCUAUUCUAUUAUUCGUGGUUGCAGUCAUUUUCGCUAUUGUCGUUAUGGGUACUCAAAAGUUUAAGGUGAACAAACAAGUUGCCAUCUAUGCCAUUUGUGUCGCACUUUCAAUGAUCCCAUCGUCAUUGGUCGUUGUUCUAACAAUCACCAUGUCUGCAGGCGCUAAAGUGAUGGCAACUAGACAUGUUAUCAUUCGUAAAUUAGAUUCUUUGGAGGCAUUAGGUGCCGUUAACGACAUUUGUUCUGACAAGACAGGUACUUUAACGCAAGGUAAAAUGAUUGCCAAACAAGUCUGGAUUCCGCAAUUUGGAACUAUCAAUGUCCAGAAUUCCAAUGAACCUUUCAAUCCUACCAUAGGUGAAAUUCAGUUAAUUCCCAAAUUUUCUCCAUAUCAAUACAAACAUGAUGACGAGGAAGAUGUCGGUAUGAUAACGGAUUUCAAAUCCAAGUAUUAUGCUGAUGAAUUGGGUCCGCUAAAUGUUUCAUUAUUCACUCAAUGGUUAUACACCGCUACAUUGGCUAAUAUCGCUACUGUGUUCCGGGAUCCCGAAACUCAAGAUUGGAAAGCUCAUGGUGACCCAACAGAAAUCGCUAUUCAAGUGUUCGCGACUAGAAUGGAUCUACCUAGGCGCGUACUAACUGGUGAAGACAACGAUGAUGAAAAGAACAUUCACAAUGAUAUCACUUUCGAGCAUGUGGCCGAAUAUCCCUUCGAUUCUAGCGUGAAGAGAAUGUCCGCUAUAUAUAAGAAUGUGGAAGAGCCAAAAGCUCCAAUUUACGAAGUGUUCACCAAGGGGGCCUUUGAGAGAGUGCUACAAUGUUGCAACUCCUGGUAUACCACUCCUGAUGGCAGUCCACAACCCUUGACCGAAGAAGAUCUGGAAACUGUUCAAAAGAAUGUUGAUACCUUAUCAAGUGAGGGGCUAAGAGUGUUAGCUUUUGCCAAGAAAACCUUUAACGAAUCACAAUUUACUAUCAACAAGGACAAACUAUUGAAGGAACGUGACUUUGUCGAAAAUAAUCUAACAUUUUUGGGAUUAGUCGGUAUAUACGAUCCACCAAGGCGCGAAUCGCUUGCUGCUGUUAAAAAAUGUCACCUAGCUGGUAUCAACGUCCAUAUGUUGACAGGUGACUUCCCUGGUACUGCCAAGUCUAUAGCUCAAGAAGUUGGCAUCUUACCUCACAAUUUAUAUCAUUAUCCAAAAGAAGUCGUUAAUUUUAUGGUUAUGACAGCAACUGAUUUCGACGCUUUGAGUGAUAAGGAAAUCGAUGAGCUACCAGUUUUGCCCUUGGUUAUUGCCCGUUGUGCACCACAAACUAAGGUACGCAUGAUCGAAGCCUUGCAUCGUCGAAACAGGUUCUGUGCCAUGACAGGAGAUGGUGUGAACGAUUCACCAUCGUUGAAGAUUGCCAAUGUUGGUAUUGCCAUGGGAAUCAAUGGUUCUGACGUUGCGAAGGAUGCGUCUGACAUUGUGUUGAGCGAUGAUAACUUUGCUUCUAUUUUAAAUGCUGUAGAAGAAGGUAGAAGAAUGAGCGAUAACAUCCAGAAAUUCGUCCUACAACUUUUAGCAGAAAAUGUGGCACAAGCUUUGUACUUGAUGGUUGGUUUAUGUUUUCUUGAUGAGGAAGGGUUCUCAGUAUUCCCAUUAUCUCCUGUCGAGGUUUUGUGGGUUAUUGUUGUUACCUCAUGUUUUCCAGCAAUGGGUCUCGGUUUGGAGAAGGCUAAUGUUGACGUGAUGGAGAAGCCACCAAAGGAUGCCAAAGCUGUUAUAUUCACGUGGGAAGUCAUCGUCGAUAUGCUUGUCUAUGGUGUAAUUAUUGCAGCAUGUUGCAUGGCAUGUUUUGUCACGGUAAUCUAUGGUACUGGUGAUGGUAAUUUGGGCCGCGGGUGUAACAAUGGCUUUGAUGAUUCGUGUCGCUUGGUCUUCAAGGGCCGUGCUGCAGCAUUCGCAACUAUGACGUGGUGUGCAUUAAUUUUAGCUUGGGAGGUUGUUGACAUGAGAAGAUCAUUCUUCAUGAUGAAUCCUGAAACUGAGACACCAUAUACGCAAGUGUUCAAAGAUGUCUGGAGCAAUCAAUUUUUAUUCUGGUCAAUUGUUGGUGGCUUUUGUUCUGUGUUCCCGGUGGUUUACAUCCCAGUGAUUAACGACAAAGUAUUCUUACAUUACGAUAUCACUUAUGAAUGGGGAUUCUCUCUUGGCUUCAGUUUGGCAUUCUGGGCAGGUGCUGAAUUGUACAAGUACGGCAAGAGACGUUAUUUCGGAAGCAAAGACAGAGUCGAAAAUCCAGAAAGUGAUUUAGAAAAGAGAUCUGUACAAGAUCCAUUCGAACAAUAUACUACUUCUUUCACUAGGAUAAAUACUUUUCACAACGACGAGAAAACUAUUUGA